AUGGGCGUCCUUGGCCGAGUUGUUAAGGUCGUUGACUUCAAACCACUUGUCCCACACCGCUAUGGGUUCAAAUUCCGCAAGGAACUUUGGACUCUUUCACGUGAGAAAGCUAUCUACUGUGUCCAGCUAGCUUAUGGAACGUCGAUUCCAGUGACAGGAACACAUGGAAAAAUAGAGGAUAGAUCGACCUUAUCGAAAGGAAUAGAAUAUGGACAAAACAGACAGUCUGAUUCUGAACCAGAGAUUAGAUGUAUUGAAGGAGAAUCUUGGAAACUUGGAAGAAGAUUGGUGGAAUGGGAGGUUCUGUUCGAAAAUUUACGGUACUGUAAAAACUGUCGCUUAGGGCCAGUAACACUGUCAGUCAAAACAAUAAGAGGCGAACUUCAAAAAGGUCUGUCUGGUUAUUUAUAUGUCGAAUGUCAAAAUUGCUGUUUUGUGAAUACUGCAGCCUAUGGAAAAACACAUAGAACAUCCAAGAAGCAAGGAAUGCCAUGCUUUGUUGUGAACACCAAGCUUGGAACAGCCAUGAUUGAUAGUCUAGGUGGACCAAGGCGUGUUAACAACAUGUUGGCAACAUUGAAUCUGAAAACAGUCUCUGAGACUAAUUUGAAAAAGAUGGAAAAGAGGGCUGGUGUUGUUUUAGAGAAAGUUUCAACAGAGUCGGCCAACGCUGCAGCUGAUGAGGCAUAUAGACUUGAAAUGGAGUGA